AUGCAUUUUUCACUCAUCAUUCCGCUCCUAGUCCUGUUCGUCGUAGUCAUGACUCAAGGCCCCACAGAAGCUCCUCGUGUUCUCCUCGGGCCCGUCUUCCAGGCUCCUCGCGGACUUGACACAAACAUUGGCUUCCUCUCAGCAAGCUCCCAGCUUUCGAGGCAUCUCGAAGACGUUUUGAGUAGUGGUGCAAGUCCAUUCGGUUCCUUCACCCGAGAUGCAACAUCAGUCUCCAUCUCCAUGGUUAGCGCAGCUCAAGAAAGCCCACUCUUCGAGUUCCAGUAUACGUCAUCUUUGCUGAACGUCACUGCAAACGGCACAAGGAAGGUGUCUGGUGACAGCAUCUUUCGCAUCGGGAGCAUAUCCAAGCUUUUGACUGUGUACGCUCUGCUCUUAAAGAGCGGGUUGGUACAUUGGGAACGUCCUGUCACGGAUUACAUUCCUGAACUGCGUCACAAUACUGGACAGCCUCGCGACAAGGACGGGAUAAACCGUGUACAGUGGGAAGAGGUCACUGUUGGAUCGCUCGCCAGCCAUAUGUCUGGCAUCGGACGGGAUUACAGCAGCUCGGAUCUCUCAACCUUUCCGCUUCCGUGGACUGAGCUCGGCCUUCCGCAACUGGCGGCGGCAGACAUACCGGCUUGCGGUGGAGAUAAAGUGCAGCCUCCAUGCACGAGAAAGGAGUACUUUCAAGGGUUCCUCAAGCGCCACCCGGUUUUUUCCCCACAGUCAACUCCAAUCUACUCCAACACGGCGUUCCGACUUUUGAGCUAUGUCCUUGAAACCACAGCGGGCGACAGCUUCGAAAACAUCAUGGAGAGAGAUGUGUUUCAGGACCUUGGAAUGACGCAUACAAGUGUCCGAAAGCCGCAAGAUGACUCUCUAGGCGUCAUUCCUGAGGGCGACAGUAUGUGGGCUUUCGACGAUGGUGAUGAAGCGCCAAGCGGUGGUAUCUAUUCCACCUCAUCGGACUUAACAAAGCUAGCUCGCAGUAUCCUAAGCAACACUCGACUGUCACCUUCGGUGACUCGACGCUGGCUUAAGCCACUGGCCCACACGUCAGCCUUGACGCUCUCCAUCGGAGCACCCUGGGAGAUCUGGCGCACGAAAGGCAACACCACAAUUGAGUUGUACACAAAAGCCGGCGGCAUUGGUCUCUACAGCUCACUUCUUAUCCUGAUUCCAGAUUUUGACAUCGCUAUUGCGAUCAUGACCGCUGGCCCCAAUGGUAGUGUUGUUAACUCUGUUGCCGAGAUAGUCAUGCAAAUAUUUAUUCCUGUCUUGAAACAAGCGGCUCGAGAUGAAGCGGCGGCAAACUUUGCGGGUCACUAUGUCUCGAAUUCUGGGACCGAUUCUUCUGUCGUACUUGGCGUGCGUAACGGUCCAGGACUGGUCAUCGAGAAAUGGCUGAGCAACGGAUCCGAUCUCUUGGCGACAGCUCAAGCGUACUCCCAGGCCACCAAUUCAGGUAUAAUUGGGUCGGUAAGGCUUUACCCGACAACUUUAGUUCAAGAGUCGGGCGCUGGGAAGCGUGUGGCGUACAGAGCCAUAUUUGACACCGUAAAGGAGGCAGAAACAGCCGACAGGGUGUUCGAGGAGAGCCUCAAUGCGUGGGCGAAGGUUGAUCAGACGAUGUAUGGGCGGGUGGGCGUAGACGAAUUUGUUUUUGAUCUCGAUGCAAGUGGCGUGGCGAUUUGUGUUGAGCCGCAGUUCCUGGGGAUCAGAUUAACAAAGGUACUAUGA